AGAGAGAGGGAGAGAGGAGAAACCUACCACAGCAGGAGGUGAGGACAAGCAGAAGGUCUUUUGCGUGUCCACAGAAGUCUGCCUUGGGUUCUCACUGAGCCGCUCCGAGAAUGGAUCUAUCCCCCCGGGACCUGUGUCUCAACUUCACCAUUGUCCUGGUCACGGUUCUCCUCAUGUGGCUCCUCGUGAGGUCCUAUCAGUCCUGAGGCGGCAUGCCACUGUCCCGCUCUCCGGGGAUUGACUGCAACGCUCCAGAGCUGCCUGCUGUAUGUCCUGAGGUCCCACUGUGUAAUGGGAUGCCUGUCUUGGCACCCGAAGGCACUUCUGACCUGCACACACCAUAUCUGAGGUGCCUCCCGUGUUAGGAUCAAUUGUGUGUUCUCUAGAGAUGCUGCUCUCAAGGGCUGCCAAGUGUCUGCCAGUGAAUGUUAGAUUUAUUACCCAACUCUUACCGCAAAUGUGUUAGAUAAGCCACGAGGUUAACAUGAAACUGCAUUCAUGAUGACAUAGAAUUGUAAAAAACCCCUAACCUGUCUCACCGCACGUCCCUUCAACCCGCACUGUCUGCAACCAAACUUUAAAUCAUCCUGCCGGAAGAAAGAAAUGUUGGAGACAGGCUCUGUCAGCCCCGGCCGCAGCUAUCAUGUGAAUAAAGUUAAGUCAACCACAAAAA